AAUACAAAAAAAUAAAAAUAAAAAGUUUGGCAACAUUGUAUUUCUGACAUUUGGCUAUCCGCUAAACAUAUUUUUUAUCCCAUUCGGGCAGCAUGAUUUUCCGAUAGCGGUUCAAGGCGCUUGUUACUUGCAAAAAAAAACAAAUAAAUUACAUAAAGCUAAAAAUUUAUUUUUUAUUUAAAAACUCGAAAUUUAUAGUUUUUUCAAAAUUGUUUAAAAUGUUCAGAUUUGUGGUAGCUUCACGUGGAGCAUGUUUAAGACUUAGGCACCAAUACAAUUUGCAAAAUUCGCAAUGCGAGCGCAACUAUUCAGAACCAGGUCGAAGGCCUGGAUUCCUUUCAAAGUUCCUUGAAAACAUCAAGAGUGAAAUGAAUAAAAGCAAUGAAAUGAAAGAAAAUAUCAAGAAAUUUCGGGAAGAAGCGCAAAAAUUGGAACAAUCAGAAGCGUUGCAAUCAGCGAGACAAAAAUUUAACAUCGUUGAAGCUGAGGCACACAAGUCUUCCAGUAUACUCAAGGAACAAUUAGGAACGAUAAAGGAAAAAGUUACAGAUGUUAUCGAUGAAGCGAGUAAAACAGAUAUUGCGAAAAAGGCGUCAAAAAUUACGGAAGAAAUAUCAAAAACCGCGAAAGGUGUAACAGACACCAUUUCAGAAAAAGGAGAAAAACUUGGUCAAAUGCCAGCUUUCCAAGCGAUUUCGGACACGACGAAACUAAUAAAAAACGAAAUAGAUUCUCAAAGUAUGAAUUCUCGGGUAUAUCGACCACCUAUAAAAUUGCGUAAGCGUGUAGAAAUUGAAUUAAAUGCUGACGACCGAAUCGUGGAGCCCAAUGCAGAUGCAACAGGUGUGGAGUUACAUAAAGAUUCAAAAUUUUAUCAAUCUUGGGAAAAUUUUAAAAACAAUAAUACAUAUGUUAACAAAGUACUGGACUGGAAACUGAAAUAUGAUGAAUCAGAAAAUCCCGUAAUACGUGCUUCACGUUUAUUAACUGAUAAAGUGUCUGAUGUCAUGGGUGGUCUUUUCUCAAAAACCGAACUUUCAGAAACUUUGACUGAACUGUGCAAAAUUGAUCCAGGCUUUGAUCAAAAACAAUUCCUGCGUGAUUGUGAAACAGAUAUAAUACCUAACAUAUUGGAGGCGAUGACACGGGGAGAUCUAGAAAUACUAAAGGACUGGUGCUUUGAGAGCACUUAUAAUAUUUUAUCAACACCAAUAACUCAAGCGCUUAAAACCGGACUAGUUUUAGAUUCUAAAACUCUGGAUAUUGAAAAUGUUGACCUUGCUCUUGGCAAAGUAAUGGAACAAGGGCCCGUGUUAAUAAUAACUUUUCAAGCACAACAAAUAUUAUGUGUGCGAGACAAAUUGCGUAAAGUGAUUGAAGGCGAUCCAGAAAAAGUGAUGAGAGUAAAUUAUGUGUGGGUCUUGUGUAGAGAUAGAAAUGAACUCAAUCCGAAAGCAGCAUGGAGACUUAUGGAACUUUCGGCAAACAGUCAAGAACAAUUUGUUUAGACAAAUUUAGUCAGGAAUAGAACUUAACAUCGUUAAUUAAUACAUAUUGUGUAUUUGAAAUUUUAAGUACCAAUUUUCCUAGUUUCGGUAUUGAUCACUGUUUCAAGUGCGUGAAUGGGUAAUGUGACGAAUGCUAGAUAAGAUAAUUAUUCUUUGUUUUAUGUAGCUUAGUUAAGAAAUAUGUAUUAUAAGUAUGUUUGUAAAUAUUAUGUAAUUUAUCAAUAGAAAUUAUGAAGAGAA